GCCCCGCCCCGCCCCGUCCCGGCGCAGCAGCCCCCGGCAGAGGGACCCGGGGAGCGGCCGGGGGUCCCGGGCCGGGCCGCACCGCCCCCGGGCGGGGCUGGGAUCGGGUUUCACAUCCUGCCCCGCUCGCGGGCAGAGCGGCCAUGGCGGAGAGCUCAGACUGGGUGGAGAUCAUCGAGCCCCGCUCCCAGGAGCGGAUGUAUGUCAACCUGACUACGGGGGAGUGCAGCUGGGAGCCCCCACCCAACCUGAAGGUGCGCCAGUCAGACCAGAACCAGUGGUGGGARCUCUUCGACCAGAACAACAACCGCUUCUACUACUACAAUGCCAUCACGCGGCAGACGGUGUGGCACCGUCCCCAGGGCUGUGACAUUGUGCCCUUGGCCCAGCUCCAGGCCAUCAAGGGCAGCUCCCAGCCUGACUGCCGUGGCCGGCAGCACCGAGGCAGCAAUGGCAGCGGAGGCAGAAGCACCCCUGUCCAAAUGGCCCUCCUGCAGGAGAUGGACAAGGGCAAGUGGGAUUGUGCAGUGGAGAAGAGGAAAGAUCCUGGCAGGGAGACUCCUACCCACUGGCAGCCUCUGCCAGGCACAAAAGCAGCCAUGUUGGUCAAAGUGAACAGUUUGAGGCAGAUUCAGAGCUUUUCCAGUAGUUCGCUUCAUUUGCAGGGUGCUCCAGAGCCCAACAGCCCAAAAUCUCUUCCCAAACUAUCCAUAUAUGCUCAGCCUCAAUCCAUGUCCCAGAGCUCUGGAGCCACAAAGCAAAUGCCUUCUGGAGAAACAAAGCAGUCUAUGCAGAUCAAAAAGACCGAGAGUGGUGGGUUUUGCCUGGUGCUGAUGAAUGGUCCUGCUUCUCAGACACCUCCAAGGAGCCAGACAGGAACCCCUGAGCCUACAUCCCCCAAGUACGCCUCUCCUGCACCUAUUUACGAUGAGCCAUCUUUAGAGUCACCAAUUUAUGAUGAGCCACCAGUAGAUAUGGACACUGAAAGUAUUGGUGUGAAUGGGAUGUCUCCACCAAGGUCACCAAGCAAUAGCUUAAAAAAGCAGCUGCAACCAACCAAAUUAUUGCAGCAUCCUAGUAUGCAACAACAACAAGCUGCAAAGAAGCAUGCAAGAAAUCCCUCUUCCACUGAAUACAGCCCUGCUGGCAGAGAGUACAUAAAACAUAUGGUCAGUGUUGACCAAUCUGCUAAAUUCUCCCACUCUUCUSCUGCAACAACUGAUGACUCCACUAAACUGCCUGGUCAGCUUGCUUCAAAGGACAGCUUCAAGCAGUCUUGGAGGAUCUUGGAAGCCAAUGUUCUCAAGAACAUGGAACUCCACCACAGUCGUCAAAACAGCCUGCAGAUUCAGGAGUACCCAACCAGUAUAAGCCAUCAGGAUUCUGGUUAUUCAACUGGCCCUUCUCCAAGCUUGAGAAGAAGGAAAGGAAGGAGGCAAGGAACAGGUCAAGCAAGACCUGGCUCUGUAGGYAGCAGCAGUGAGCUCACAGCUCUGAAUGAUAAAGUGAUUGCUGAGAUGCGUGCUGUGGUGGGCAGGUCAGCAGCUUGCAGGGGAAGCAGAGUCAGCCUGGAUGCUGAGAGCCUGGAGAGCAGUGUCCUGGCAGASAACAGCAAGGUCAGGUUUCAGUCUGACCACUUGAAAAAAUGCAUCAGCCGGAGCUCCAGGGAUGAUGUCUCAGCCAGCAACAGGUCUUUGUACAGACAGGAUCUGGAGAUCAGGGAAGGCUUUCCCAGCGAUGUGACUGCUCCACAGGACACAGUAAGGCAGAAGAGAACGUUUGAGAAAAUAGAUUCUUUAGAAAAGAAUGUGACCAGACAGACAAGCUUGGCUUCAUCGGGUGCUGCGCGCCGCUCUUCACAGCCUGAUAGCACAGAGCUGGAGCCCAAGCAGGAGGGCAGCAGCCAGCACGGUGCCUGUGUGGGAUGCCAUUUCCCUUACAACACACUACGAAAGCCCAUCUCCCAGAGCAGCAUGGCAGACUGGGCUUCCAAAAACCUGAACAUGCACACGCAGGGCAUCUUCCGCCGAAGGAUCUCCAUCUCCAACAUGCUGUCCUGGAAUGGCGGCUCCAUCAAAAAACCAAUGCUCAUCACGAGCAAUCGYACCAUCAAAAAAGAGGCUUGUGAGCUGUUCAAACUGGUGCAGAGCUACAUGGGAGAUCGUCAGACUCGCAUGGACCGCAAUCACGUGGCGCUGGUGGCCGUCACCAAGUGCUGGAGCAUGCAGGGCUUACGGGAUGAGCUCUACAUCCAGCUGAUCCGCCAGACAACAGAUAACAUGUGCUACCGAAGCCUGGCCUGGGGCUGGGAACUGAUGGCCAUCAGCCUGGCCUUUUUCUCCCCRUCACCCAAAUUUCAGUCUUACCUGGAAGGUUACAUUUAUCGCCACCUUGACAGUGAUGAAAACAUUGCCCAGCGCAUCAAGGAGCUUGUGGAUCUGAAAAACAAGAAGAUCUCAAAAUCCAGGAAAAAGAGGAAACAAAACACAGAGGAUGAAGGUCUGCCCAUUAGCACCUUUGCCAAGUACUGCUACAGGAAACUCCAGAAAGUAGCUGUCACUGGAGGCAAAAAGGGCCUCCGCAAACCAACAGUGGAAGAGAUAGCACAUGCCAGGAAUGCCAUYGUCACGCCAUCGCUCUUCGGCAGCUCCCUGGAGGAGAUCAUGCUGCGGCAGCAGGACAUGUACCCRGGGAACAAGCUGCCCUGGGUGCAGACACAGCUAUCGCAGCAGGUGCUGGCCYUGGGAGGGGAACAGACAGAGGGCAUUUUCAGGAUACCUGGUGACAUAGAUGAAGUCAAUGCAUUGAAAUUGCAGGUGGAUCAAUGGAGAAUCCCAAGCAGUCUCAGUGACCCCAACAUCCCAGCCUCUCUCCUCAAGCUCUGGUAUCGGGAGCUGGAGGAGCCUGUGAUCCCCCAGCAGUUCUACAAAGAGUGUAUCAGCAACUAUGAGAACCCCGAUGCUGCCGUGGCUGUGGUGCAGCUUUUGCCAGAGCUCAACAGACUGGUGCUGUGUUAUCUCAUACACUUCCUGCAGAUCUUUGCUCAGCCAUCAAACGUGGGUAGAACAAAGAUGGAUGUGAAUAACCUGGCCAUGGUGAUGGCCCCCAACUGCCUGCGCUGCCAGUCCGACGACCCUCGCGUUAUCUUUGAGAACACGCGCAAAGAAAUGUCUUUUCUCCGCAUGCUGAUAGUGCACUUAGACACGAGCUUCGUUGAAGGGCUGGUUUGAGCCACUGCCCCCAGGGUGCAAAAUGUUGCUCUGGAUUGCUAGAUACCUUAAGUCUUCUCCCCUCCAUGUAGGUUUCUUCCAUUGUCCUUGCUGUCCACACCCUGGGUUAGCCCUUGAGCAUCUCCCAGCAUAUGACCCCAAGGACUGGACAUUUCUGGAAGGCUUGGUUCUGUCAGCACCAGGAAAUCCUCGGGCUUGCCAGGUCAGCUUCAGCAGCUCCUAGUCUUCUAGUAUGUGUCAGAGAGGGGCAGCCCUCUUCCUGAGAGUUACACCAUUGGUUGCUCAGGGCUGUGACAUGUGUGAGGAACUGCUACAUGAGGCAAUGAGAUUCUCCAUUUCCCUUCUGGAGGCAGMGUUGGCUUCAGGUAGGAGAACAUCACUCCUGUGCUGUGGCAUUAGCUGGUCCUAGGGAGAWGCUGCCUCAUUGGGGAUAAUCCUACUGCUAUGGGGACAGUCUGGUUCACCUCUGCACUGUUGGCUGGAGGUGUGAGGGUUAUUCUGACAUCCCCCAUAAUGCUGUUGGUAGAGGGCUGUGAAGGUGGAGAGCUGUGCAGCAGCAUGURGGACCAGCCCUGUGCUGAGCACACCCCCACACCUUGGUGCUAGGCACAACAGGAAGGCCACACACCUGACAACAAACAGGUAAACAACCACUUCAGCAUCUUCUUAAUGAGGGCCAUAUCCUCUGGAGGGGUGACGCCAGUGGCCUUGCAGCUCCUUUUUGCUAUGGACAGCRUGAGCUGACACCAGCUUUGCUUAGGAGUGCCUGAGCCCAUGCUCAGAGCAGCUUUCACAGCUCCAGCACCCCCUUCCUGGGAUCACAUCCUUCCCAGACCUCUCUACCAGGAACUGAAUAYCAGUUUGGCCCACCAUUCUGGUUCAGCGCAGGUCUAAAAAAACCUGAGAAAGCUCCCAACAGUCAGAAGUGCUCCUAUGCUCAAAUGUGCCCUUCCAGGCAGAGCAGCAGCAAUGCAUUGAGAAAUGCUGGUACUGUGUGUAGUCAGCUGUGGUACCUAUGCUCUUCCUUUGAGGUGUUUCCCUUGCUGGAGGCAGGUGUGCUGCAAAGAGGUGUGUUUUGGGAUUACUGAYGCAGUGCUGAGUCUGCCAGUAGCAUCCAAGGUUGCAAUUGUGUUUCUGCAUCCCACUCUCUUUUCAGUGGGGAUCUGGGAUCUUCCUCUCCAGACUGUAUGGAUGCUGAGCCCUGCCAAGAAUGAGGUUUAGAGCUGAUGCCUGAAUCAGUACCAGUGUGAGCACGAGGUGUUAUGUGCAGAGUGUCCCAAGCCUGCUGACUUGCUUGGGGCUGUGUGAGAGGGUUCCCAGAGCCUGUGUUCAGAUAGGUUUGGAUGAACUCCAGAGCAGGAAUUGUCUGUGCCCAGCUGAAUAAAGAUUCCUUGUACCAGAUGCUUCUGUGGGCCAGGAAGUCUUGCUCCCAUGUCAGGAUUAGCUCUGUCAAACAUUUCCCCUCAAAUGUGCCAGCAUCUGUUUCACRUACACACCCAUCCCACACUUCARUGCCACUUGGCUUGCUCUGGCAUUYUACAGUGCUGAACAACUUGUUCUUCAGAUGUGGAGCUACUGCCCCAGAAAUGUAGAGAGAGGCAGAGGUUACCAGCUCUGCCAUGCUGUCCUGAGAUUUGAAUCGCUGAACAGGCUCGGGGUGUCCUGUUCCCCUCCAAGAUCUGGAGCAGCCAUGUGACACCUGCCUUCCUCUUGGGGCUGCAGGUGUCUGUGCCUGUGUCAGGCUUCACCUGCAGCCCCUGCAGAGGUGAUCCAUGUUACUCCUUGCACUUAGCUGUGGCAGUCAAUCAAAGCAUAGGCAUUUGCUGCUAAGACAAGUGAGUGCUUCUGGCCAGGGCUGUGAAACACCCUGAAAAAARGACACUGGGAUAUUACUGUCUUUGUCAACAGAUUUGUAAAUACCAAUCAGUAAUGUAGCCUUUCCUCCAUUCUAAUAGUAAUAAAUACAAUUUMCAUGGUUGUCUCUUUUGUGAAUUG